GUCCUGCACCAGUCAUUCAGAGACCUGCGCAGUGACCAGCUGAGACUGGGAGAUAACAUGGACAGAGAGUCUACCUGUUCCUCCUGAGGAUAUGUGCAAAUAUGUUGUGUGUGUAUUCAUUCAUUCAUUCAUUUCUAUUUUUCUCUUUCUAAGGUCUGAGUCAUGGAGAAUCACUCAAAGCACCUGUCGACUUCAGAGACAGGACUCAGUGUCGCCUCAUGUGGAGAAGUGUCUGCAGGAGAUUGAGAGGGAGAUGAGUUCGGAGCGACAGAGCAUGUCAGCGAGACGACCAGAACAGUGUGGGAACAUGUCUGACAAACUGCAGGAGGCAUUAUCAUCAGACCUGGCGAGUCGCGAGCAGCAGCAGUUGAGGAUGUUGGAGCAGUUGAAGGAGACCCAGGGUCAUUCGGAGGCGGAGAGAGCCCAUGCCCUGAUCAGGGUACUGUGGAGAGGGCCCAUGCCCUGAUCAGGGUGCUGUGGAGAGGGCCCAUGCCCUCAUUAGGGUGCUGUGGAGAGGGCCCAUGCCCUGAUUAGGGUGCUGUGGAGAGGGCCCAUGCCCUGAUCAGGGUGCUGCGGAAAGGGCCCAUGCCCUGAUUAGGGUGCUUCGGAGAGGGUCCAUGCCCUGCUCAGGGUGCUGCGGAGAGGGCCCAUGCCCUGAUCAGGGUGCUGUGGAGAGGGCCCAUGCCCUGAUCAGGGUACUGCGGAGAGGGCUCAGAUGGAGGAACUGAGGAGACAGUGGCAGUGAGAUGAACUGUGAGAG